AUGGCGCCGCAAAUAAACCACAAAUCCGGUGAUUCAGUUCAUUCACAAGUACCACAGCCCUCUGACCAUCGGAGGCGGCAGUCCUUUUGGGAAUGGCUUCAAGGUCAAUUCCACUUGAGACCUCCUGAUGAUGAUGAGCCUCAAGACUGGUGGCUUGCAUCUACCGCGGUACCUUUAGUCGCCGCUGCCACUGGCCCCCUUGCAAAUGUCAUGUCAAUUGUUGCUUUGGUCAUGCCAUGGAGAAGUCACAUAUUCUUCGACCAGAAAGACUCGCUUGGAAAUCCCUUGCAAGUUGGUUUCUCAGACCCUCGAUGGUGCAUUGCUCUCAACGCCACCUCACUUGCGUUGGGUCUUUUGGGGAACGCGUUCCUGCUGUGUAAUUUCACACGUAUCAUACGCUAUAUCAUAGCUUUACCCGCAUCUAUAAUCUGCUGGACUGCAUCAAUGGCUCUUUUGGUUGCGGCAACCGUUGCGCUGCAUGUAUUUGCAAGCCCGAUUGCACCGAAUGAACUUUACUCGCAGGCUUACUGGAGUGCCGUUAUCGCGGCAAUCCUUUAUUUUAUUCUCAGCGUCAUAUUGAUCAUCAACAUGUUGGGAUAUAUUCUUGGACAUUAUCCCCAGUACUUCGCUCUUACCGAUGGUCAGCGAACUCUGAUCCUACAGACUCUGUCAUUUGUCAUCUGGCUAUUGAUCGGUGCUGUGAUCUUUUCCAGGGUCAUAGACAUAUCAUUCGCAGAUGCGCUAUACUUCUCGGAUGUAACCAUUUUAACCGUGGGAUUCGGUGACAUUGCGCCUACAAAUGCCAUUGGAAGAGGCAUUCUAUUCCCUUACGCCGUGAUGGGCAUCAUCAUGCUAGGUCUAGUGGUCGGUAGCAUUCAUCAAUUUGCCAAAGAUCUUCAGUAUGACAAUGUCAUUCGCAAACAUAUUGAGCGGAAGCGGCUGGCAACUAUCAGACGUGCUACUACAUUGGAAAUCAAUUGUAGUGGCCCAGCAGAGAACGGGGCUCACACGAGUGAUUCUGACGAAACAGCACAGAUUGGCUAUCGGCCUCACUAUUCACAUGAACAUCCCAUCAGAAGCAGUAUCAGCUCUUGGACUCAGGGACUGGCGGGUCGGUCGAAGCUUAUGCUCAUGAAAGAAGAAAAGGACCGAUUUGAUGCCAUGCGUGCCAUUCAGAACGAAACAAUCAUAUUCCGUCGGACAUACAAUCUAUUGUUGAGCAUUGCUAUUUUUGGGAUAGUGUGGACAUGCGGUGCAGUGGUUUUCUGGCAGUUGGAAGAGGAUCUUUCAUACUUUGAUGCUCUAUAUUUUGGAUUUUGCUCACUUAUUACCGUGGGAUAUGGAGAUUUUACUCCCACAACGAACGCCGCAAAGCCGUUCUUUGUGGUAUGGUCUCUCAUUGCUAUUCCAACGAUGACCACCCUCAUCUCGGAGAUGAGUGACACAAUCGUUGCCUGGUUCAAGAAUGCCACGGAUAAAGUUGCGGACUGGACGGUUCUUCCACAAUCAUCCAAGUAUAAAGCUUUUCUCCAAAGGCUGCCUGUUAUUUACUCCGCCCUCGAGCGGCGAGCGGAAAAGAAACGAGUUGCUCAGGGCUUUCCUGUCGGGGACUUAGAGCCAGGGCAACGGCAGGAUGAUGGUGCCGACUCCAGCCGUCGCCCGAGACCACUUGAAGAUCUAGCUCGCGACUCAAGUCCUUCUCGUCAAGAUUUGGCCCAGCAACUCGCAUUUGCAAUUCGACGGACAGCAAAACAUGCCCUCACACGCCGUCCGAAGCACUACAGCUAUGAAGAGUGGGUUGAAUUCACGCGUCUAAUCCGAUUUACUGACAACAGUCCUGAGGGGGUGGUGCUUGAUGAAGACGAAUUUGGUGUGCUGAAUUGGGAUUGGAUUGGAGAGACAAGUCCGAUGCUUGCGUCGCAGACAGAGCCGGAAUGGAUCCUCGAUCGGCUCUGUGAAAGCCUGAUCCGAUAUGUGGAUGGUCAAGGUCGCAGACAGCCUUCUGACCAGGACAAAAAACCUUUGAGUGUAACCAACGGUGACGAGGAUGACGAAGAGCCUACAUUGAAGAAGGAAAGAGACAUCCGUUUUGAUGAUGAUUAG